AUGGUAAUUGGGUUCUUGAAGAAAUACAUCUUUACCAGAUAUGGCACAUCGCGAACAAUAAUCAGUGACGAGGACAAACACUUUUGCAAUCACCAAUUCAAGAUAGCAUUCAAGAUACCGAUAGGCAUAUCUCCAUUUUGCCUAGUUUUUGGAAAAGCGUGCCACUUUCCAUUGAAAAUAGAACACCGGGCAUAUUGGGCUAUGAAACAGUUGAACAUGGAUAUGAAGGCCACCUGUGAAAAGCGUUUAUUACAGCUCAAUGAGUUAGAUGAAUUCAGAAUGAAAGCAUAUGAAAACUCGAAGCUUAUUAAAGAACGCAUCAAAAAGUGGCAUGAUCUACACAUUCAGAAACGAGAGUUUGAAGUGGGGCAGAAAGUCCUAUUAUAUAACUCGAGGCUCAAGCUUCUCCCUGGAAGCUCUAAGGGCUUUGACCACUGA